CAAGCGCAGGAGCAAGAGUCACAGCUGCCAGUUCAAAAUGGCUGACCUGUGAGCAGCGGUGCUAUAAUCAAACUCUACUUAAAACGUACGCUUUUAUAUUUCGUGUGUGUCUAGUUUUGUGUUUAAAUCUGCUAAUAUGAUAUCUUCGAUUGUCUCGCGAAUAGUCAUAUUGGUCUUUGGUACACUCUAUCCGGCAUAUGCGUCUUAUAAAGCAGUUCGAACGAAAAACGUCAAGGAAUACGUAAAAUGGAUGAUGUAUUGGAUUGUAUUUGCACUUUUCACGUGUGCCGAAACUUUCACAGAUGUAUUUUUUAGUUUUUGGUUUCCAUUUUACUAUGAGAUUAAGAUUGUUUUGGUACUUUGGCUGCUGAGUCCUGCGACAAAAGGCUCGAGCAUUCUUUAUCGUCGAUUCGUUCAUCCAGCAUUAAGUCGCCGUGAGGCAGAAAUUGAUGAAGCUCUUGCUCGUGCCACUGAACAGGGUUACACGGCUGUUUUGCAUUUAGGAAGCAAAGGUGUUAACUAUGCAACCACUGUUCUUAUGCAAACAGCGAUAAAGACUUUGCCGAAUGUCUCUCCAAAUGCUAUUAAGAAUAUCCUCCCUGCAAGCCAUUCAGAAUCGGCGCUUUCUAGCUUAGCCAGCCCUACGGGAUCACCAACGCUAAAGGAGUCAACGAAAGAUUCCCCCGACGGUGUACGCGUACGUCGACGACGAAUUAAAAGCGAUAAUGAUGCUGUGGUCAAGGAAAUUUCAUCAAACACUGAUUUUUCCACGGACGAGGAUUUUGAAAUGAAACUUGAAAAUGUGGAUAAUGAUGGUGAUGAUGAUGCUGUAUUCAAGGAUCCCGAUUUUAAAGUUCCCGGUAAAAGGACACGUAAAACAAAAAAAGAACGUGGACGAUCAACAUCGAGGAAACGACGUACCAGAUCGACAAAAGAUGAUAGAAGUGAUAUUGAUCUUAGCGAUAUUGUCAAUUCUAAUUAAUUAACGAAUCCAAUUUACUUGUCCACUUACAAAUGCAAGUUGUUUGGAUUUCGUUAAAAUGAAAUUUUUCUUGGUCAUGAUAUUAUAUGACUUAGAGUUUCUAAAUUCCAAGCAAUAUUUACACGCACAAACAAAAUAUAAGAAAAGAAAAUUGAUCUCAUUUUAGAUCAAAAAUAUUUUAUCACACAAUUUUUGAAUUUUUCUUUAUUUAUUUUUUUAAAUUUGCCAAAAAUUCAAGUUUUUUUUCUUCUUCAAUUUAGUUGAAUUUAAAUUUUUAGUAAAUUUAAAUUAAAGUAAUGUAAUUAUAAUUUUUGUGUCUUUAGAUUAUUUUAAGUAUAUUUAUCUAACGACCAAUUGGAAUAAUUUUCUUUUCAAGAUUCUUGUUCUCAUCAUGAAUGAGAUAAAAGAAAAAAUUAUAAAUAAUUAUCUAUAUGUGAUAGUAAAAAUUUCGGUUAAAUUGUAAAGUUUGUUAUAAUAAUUAAUCCCUAAGAUAAAUGGGAUAUAAGAAUUAAUUUGAUACAUGAAAAUCAAGUAAUCAUUUCACGACUCUAAAAAUUGUUUUUAGUUCUUUGAAAUAUUUACUUUUUUUUAGAAUUUAUACUUUUUUUUUAGAAAAAUAACUUUAUCAGAGUCAUUAUUGAAAGAUUACUUUCUGAUUUAUCGUAUACUUUAUGUAAAAGAAAAAAAUACCAAUUAAUCAAAUCAAAAAUUAAUUUAUAGAUUUGCAGGCUCAAAUUCAAACAAAGAGAAAUUUAAAGUAUUUACUUUAUGAUUUUUUGAGAGUGCAUAUAGAAAGACUGAUAUUAACGAGUGAACUGAAUUUAUUUUAAAACAUUCCCUCGAAAAAUUUACAUAUUAUUUGGAUUUAUUUGUAGUUAAAUUUUCUAAAUUAAUUUUUUUGUUUAAAUCAUAUUUCUAUUUCAGAUCCAGAAAAAAACAAUCAAUUGAAAAUUGAUUGAUUUAGAUUCAAAGUUUAGUUAUUUUAUUUUACUAAAAUUCGUAGAACAAAGUUCUUUGCGAGCAAAUACUUUUAUCUGAAUUUUUUACAUUUGGAAAAAAAAUUGAAAAUUAUGAUCACGAAUGUUUCAAAAUAAAUUAAGUUUUGCGUUUCAUACCACUUACCGGUCACAAUUAUUUUUUAUUCAUUAUUAUUAUUAUUAUUAUUAUUAUUAUUAUUAUUAUUAUAUUAUUAUUAAUAUUAUUAUUGUUGGCGAAAUAAUCUUUCUUGAUUCUAAUUAAAUUACGGGAAUCAUACGAAAAUAUGUUAUAUAUUUCAUAUUUAUUCUAUUGGCGCUUUAUUUAAUUAUAUAUAAUUAUAUGAAAUGGAAUUUAUUAAAGAAUUAUUGUACAUUUUUGUUUACGGGAGCACUGAUUGAAGAAUAUUUUUGGCCUUAUUUAAAUUUUUAGCGACAAUUGUUCACGUGCUUAUAUAUUUUCCUUUUUUUCCUCGUGUCUAUUUCCAAAUUAAUUCGGUAUUUAAAGACGAAUUAGACAAAAGUAACAAGUGCCAUUUUUGUGCCUUUUUGCAAUACCAUACGUCUUUUAAUGUCUCUUAAGUCCUUUACUUUAAAAAGAAUCGCUUAUUGUCGCUAUUUUUCGCGUAUAUUUGUAUAAAGCGUUUCUUUUUAUGAAUAUUAACUGGUCAUCAUUUAGUUUUUAAGAAGUUUUUAUACCUGAUCCCAAAGAUCUUGAGAAAUACGAGUGUUUUCUUUUUUUUGUGAAUAAAUGCAUUUACAUAAUUAA